AUAACAUAUAUUUCAUACAACUUUGACACUGCGAUUUACCUUCGAAUAGAGGACCCUCAUAGGCAUGUGUGUGAUUCAGCUUAUAAGCAGAUAUUGUUUAGACAUAUAUUAGCUCAACAUAUAAAAUCUAGCAUUAUAGGAAGCGCGGAAAAAAACUAAAACCCAAUAAAUUCUUGGACUGUAACAGAAUCCAGAAGUUCCCAAGAUUCGCUUCCCCUAUAAAACCCAAUCAUAACCGCUUUUUUCUUUCUUCGUCUUCCAUUUUACUCUCUUCGACCUCACAAAUCACAACAAUGGCGAAAAUCUCGAGCGCUUCUUGUUUCAGAGCCAUCUUUCUCGGAGCUCUCAUCAUCCUCUGUCUCCCUCAUCCCUCCACCGGCGUUCCUUUGGAAGAGUUAGAAAGAGCCAUCGCCAUCCUCCGCGUCAGAGGUCGUGCUCUCUUCGCCAAUGCCAUCAUCACCUCCGAUCUUCUCUUCGAUCUACUCUCCGACGAGUCUCUCACUCUCUUCGCCCCCACCGAUUCCAUGCUCUUCGAUCUCGACAUGACUCAUUCUCUUCCGUUCUACGUUUCUACUCUCCGCCUCCACUCGGUACCUCUCCGACUCUCACUUUCUGGUCUCCGAUCUCUCCCCAACUCCUCCUCUCUCCCGACGCUUCUCCCAUCUCAUCGCCUCCUUCUCACUAAGCAUUCUUCCUCCAACGAUUCCAUUUUUCUCGACGGCGUUCAACUUCUCAUCCCUGGUUUGUUCGAUGGUCAACAUAUUGCCGUACACGGUCUCGCCGAUCUUCUUCCCCUCACUGCUCCUUCAUCCCCCAAUCGUCUCGUGGAAGAUUCGACGGCACUGGCAAAGUCACCAUGGUUUUUAGGUUCAAGAUUUUCACCGGCACCAGAGCCUUACUUCGCCUUUAUGGAUCUUUCACCAGCAGAAUCGCCGAGUGUUGAGGAAGUUUCACCAUCGCCGUCGUGGGGAGAAGGAGAAGAAGAUUUCAUCGUAGGCGAUGAAGGAGGUCCGUUAGAUGGGAGGAAUAACGGCUUUUGAUGUACACGUGUCGAAAUCUCUGUAAAACACCUAGCACGUGUCUUUGACUCUUUGUAAAGUCAAAAGAGUCCUUUCUUCUUCUUUUUUUGGUCAAAAGAGUCCUUUGUUUUUCUUUUUUUGCAAAAAGAGUCCUUCCUUUUGUAGUGAAAUUUGAAAUGUAACCUCCGGAAUUUCUUAAUGC